AUGCAGUUCACUACCGCCAUCGUUGCCUUCAUGGCCACCGCCGUCAUGGCUACCCCCGGCUACGCUGGUGAUGGCAGCUACGUUGCCUGCAACCCCGGCCUCUACAGCAACCCCCAGUGCUGCGCUACUGAUGUUCUUGGUGUUGCCGACCUUAACUGCGCGACUCCCUCCACGGAGCUCACCAGCGCUACCCAGUUCAAGGCUGCCUGCGCUGCCAUUGGCCAGCAAGCUCGCUGCUGUGUCAUCCCUGUCGCUGGACAGGAUGUUCUCUGCCAGACUCCCGUCGGCAUCUAAGUGGUGGUCUUAGGGCGAUGACGGAAGGCUCUUGGUGAAGAACGACAAUCUUGGGACAGAAAGCUACCUCGCUAUCCAAAUACAUCGCGACCCGCCUUCGGUGUAAUUAACAGAAUGGGCCGCGGUCAUAGGAGGUGCA